AUGCCUGAUGAAGCAGAUAUCAUGGACGAGCUUCAUGGCUCCACGGGUUUGGAACUGAAGAGUUUUCCUGUCGAUGCCCAUUGGUUUUGCCCCAAGCGGAACGACGAAGACUAUGUCGACUAUUCGCAUCCAGAUGACGCCGAGGAGGACAUGAGUGCAGAAACCAAGAAGGAGCUCAUACAGGAUGCCCAGCGGAGACAGACUAUUGCAUAUAAAUUCUCUCUCACUAUAGGAUUAGAUCGCGAUGCUGGGGGGGCGAUGGUAGAAGGCUACCUGGAACGUUUGAAUAAGCUUCUGAUGUGCUGUGAUAAAUGUGUGCAUAGUUGGCAUAUAGGUCGUAAGGCAUAUCUCAAGGAACUAUCAGAAAAUUUCGACGAUGAAACGGUUGCAGCGCUCUCAAGUCGCCUUAAUGUCCUCGACUUUCAACGUAUAGAUAACGGGUUAGAAAGAAGCAAGAAAGUUAUAUCCGAGGUGGAAUCUCCAAUGAGGACGCAGAAAUUGCUAGCUGGCUACGACUCUUCCCUUCUACUGUCUCUGUACGAAUCACUUUGUUGCGUCGAUUACCACAAAUCCGCAGACAACCUUUCGAAACACUUCGAUUUCGUUUUUGAAGAGAUACAAGCAAAGAAGGUCCUGAGAAUAAGUGAUAUACUGCCAGCUACAGGGCGUUUUCUAUUCGACAAAAACCCCAUUAGACAGCGUUUCGCGAGGUGUGCCUGGCAGAAAGCUACUACAAUGCUCACACCCACAUCAUUCGACUGGGUCGUGCAUGACGCAUUGUCGGACGCAAUAGUUUCUGUGACCCAGGGAAACUACGAUUACGAGGAUAUCAUACGAUUUUGGGAAGGAUUUCUUUUGAUUUUGGAGAAGCUUGAUGAACAUUUGAUAACACACUCUCUCCGAGCAAUGGAAGUUCAACCAAGUGUGUACAUACUUGCACUCAAUCACUUAAGUUGUAAAUCGGAAAGAAUCAAUAAGUUAAUCAUCGAAGCGCUUAGAAGUUUGCUCAAGAAGUCUUCGAAGAACUUCUGGGCUGCAUUUGCUACAAUAUCACCAGUUGCCGUUGCAGAAAACAUUCUCAGAUCUUGGGGCGUUAAAGAAAAACUGCAAACAAUAAAUUUUGAAGACCCCGAAACUUCUUUUAUUCUGGCAUGGUUACCUGAACUCGUGGAGUCACUUCCUUCCGAUCGUCAAUACGAUGUCUGCAGUUUCGUUUUCAGAUUUCUGGGAACUUAUCAGACCUCGGAAUACCCAGAGAAUACCCAACUCGCAUGUCGUUGUGCUGCACUCGAUACUCUCCGUGCCACCUUGAACACCUUUGUCGAUUCAGAGUACGUCAUCAAUCCGUCGACGUCUCUUAUAUUCAUCAAUAACAUCAUGAAACUCGUUGACGACUACAAGGAGACGAUCACAGAGUCUGCUGAUUUGAAGGUGGAAAACACCACACACCAAGAAAUGAGAAGACUUGGUAUGCUAGUCAUACGAGAGGCUUUGGCUCUCGACUGCAAAGCUUUGAGCGCAGAGUUCCAUGCUCUUGCGGACGAUAUUCCGAUACAACAGGGUCUCCGAAGCCAUUCCCAGCCAAUUUGGCAAGGCGUUCUUGACAUAUUUAGGCCAGGAAAUGUAGAUUUAGCUAAAAGCAUUCUGGCGGCAACAACACACCUUACUGGAUUAGAUGAACUCACACCAAAGUCAAAGAAACUACCACUUCCUUCCUCUCAUCUACAGUAUAAUAAAGACUUUCGUCAACUCACUGAGAACGUGUCUAGAAUCUUUGAGCGCCUCAGCGAUUUUAAUGCAUCUCAUUUGAUCGAGAUGUAUCGAGAUCCUCAGACCUCUCGGCCACUGUUUGCAGCCCUGAUGUCUGCUGAUCAACAGAUCUUUGAGGCUGCUGUUGAGGUUGUCAAAGCUGCAACGGAUCAAAUAAGCAAGCGUGAAGCAAUAUCGAGCUUAUUAGGGCAAGCAUUUGUGCCGAUGUUGAAUUCUUUAACGUUUGCUGUUGUCCGGAUCACCAAAGCCAAGAACUUUUCCCCUGUCCCAUAUUUAUUCAAGGUUGGACGAGACACGCUGGAGGCCCUUUGCGGAGACACGACGGGGUUUUUACGAACUCACCCAUCUUUAGAUGCUACAGAGCGAGGCGCUGUAAUGUCUUGGUGGAUCAAUCAGUGGCGUGCCCUUGAUGCGGCAUUUGCCAACACAGAAGCUUGGGGAGGUCGUGUUCAACUUCCUAAGGAAACCUUGCAAGACUUUUGCCGAGAUGGUAUGGAAUAUGCAGAAUCCUUGUUUGAUAAGAACAGUAUCAUUGCUUCAGCCCUAUGCGAGUCUUCUAACUCGCCUCAUGCUCAUAUCCCGUCCUCCGGUUAUAUAUCGAGGAAGGCUGCACAAAAGAAAGUAUUGCAAGUCGUUUGCUUGAACGUGAACGGCCUAACAAUGAUGCUGAGGUUGAGAGAUAUCUAUUUGGUCAGUGUGAUCACUAGUCUCCUCGGAAAACUUCUUCGAUCAUUAGCAGAGUUUGAUGUUGAGGUACAUGAGUAUUCGCUUAGUUUUAUUCAAGAUGCGUGCUUAAAUGAGGGCGAGAAGGGAUACAGAAAGACAAAUCUUACUAACCAACAAAAAGCUGAGUUGCGCGCUGCCCUUGACGAACAUAAAGGUGUGGAAAUUAUAGAGAGUUAUUCUACAACGGCUCAGAAACAACAAUCAAGAAUCGAUUCUUGGUCUAAGUCAGCAGGAGGUGUAAAGCAUGAGCCAACGUUCAGUGUCAAGGGGCGUCAAACUCAAACCUCGCUCGAUACUUGGUCAAAGGCUGGAGACGGCAAAACAUAUGAGCCAGUCAUCACUCAAUCCAACAAAGCCUCUCAAGCACCCUUUACCCUUUCUGAGCAUUCUAAGAGUAUUAUGGAUAAAAUGAGAUCACAACCACCGCUAAAGACCGCCAAAGCUACUGAAGAUUGGAAGGACAAACGCCGUAGAGAUGAAGAAGAGAAAAAGAAGCGUAAUGCUGCAGCAAUUGCUCAAGCGAAAGCCCUUCGUGCUCCAGCCGCCUUAGUGAAGGGUGAGGGAUCUGGUCUAAAGAAUCUCAGCGGUGUAGCUGGGAAAGAUCAUGCGCCUGUUCGAAGUGAGAUAAUGGUAGGAUCUUCAGACGAAGAUUCGGAUGAUGAUGAUGACGACGAUGGUUCCGACACGAAGUUUCUUUUCACCAAAAGUCGAGAAGCUUCAAACAAAGUUAGGGAAUACGAAGAGAGUAGGAAAAAGGCACUUCUACAAUCUACUGGCCCAGUGCGGAAGACCAAAAAGGUUUACUCAAAGAAAGAUCUUCGUGCUCGCUUGGAGCCAAAUAUGGACAUUAUAUAUCUCGAGCUUCUCAAUUGGGAUAUCUUUCAUGAGGGGGAGGAUCCCCCAAGCAAUAAUGUUUGCAAAAAGAUUGCAAACAGCUUCCUCGACCUCGGUCUCUAUAAAGAGACAUUCAAACCAUUGCUCAUAUCGGAAGUUUGGCGCUCUUUACUAACAGCCAAAGAAGAAAAUCAAUUCAAGCCCAUUGAGAUAAAGGUUUUGAAUCGUUUGUCUGUUGAUAAAUUCAUGGAAGUUAGUACAACUAUGUCAAUUUCCAAUCAAAGAGACCUCAUGGUGUACCAACAAGAUAUUGUACUCCUUUCCAAAAGCUCGAGUCCACUUCAAGACAAGCAAGCGCCACAUUGUCUAGCCCGCGUUUUCAGGACCACCCGCAAGCGUGAUGCAGUGGAAGUCACUUACAGAGUCAGUAGAGACAUUAGCCCCGAGCUCUUGAAUUGUUUCGUGCCCAACGGCAAGUUAUAUACUCUCAAAAUCACCGAUAUGACGACAACUUUGCGAGAGUUUGCAGCCUUGAGCAGUCUUGAAUACUACGACUUGUGCACAGAAAUUCUGGAGGCGAAGCCUUCUCCUUUACAGAAAUAUUCCGAUGAAAAGGUCGCUUCGAUGUCGACCAGGUAUAAACUUAACAAUGGGCAAGCCAAAGCGAUUUUGUCCGCCAACGAUAAUGAUGGGUUUACAUUGAUUCAAGGUCCUCCGGGUUCUGGAAAGACGAAAACGAUUAUCGCCAUGGUAGGCGCCUUGCUAUCUCAGGUGCUUCAGCAGCAAGCGCAGCAAGUGGGCUUCAGACCGCAGGGCCAAAAUCGCAGUGCGGGCCCUCAAGCACAAGCACCAAAGAAAAAGCUACUUAUCUGCGCUCCCAGUAACGCUGCUGUUGAUGAAUUGGUCCUCCGGUUGAAGGAGGGAAUUUUGCCUCUCAGCGGCUCGCAUCAAAAGAUUAACGUAAUUCGUGUCGGGCGAAGUGAUGCGAUCAAUUCUAGUGUUAAAGAUGUGACACUUGACGAAUUGGUGAGGAUCAAGCUCGAGGGGGACCAAGAAUCUAAGAAAGGUCAAUUGAAUGAUCGGGAGGUGCUUCACAGGGAUGCAGGGCUUAUCAAAGAGAGGCUCAGUGUUUUAAGACCUGAGAUGGAAAAAUGCCGUGCUGCAGGUGACAAAACUUCGGAACUAAAAUUGCAAAGGGAAUUUGAUGAGCUUAAGCGAAAGCAAGCCCACAUAGGCAACAAAAUUGAUGAAGAUAAAGAAAGCGACAACAAAGUGCGACAAAAUGAGAUCAGUAGGCGCCAUUUCACUCAGGAGAUUAUCGAUGGCGCCCAUGUUCUUUGUGCCACGCUCAGUGGAUCCGGACACGACUUUCUAAGAAAUGUCAAUGUCGAGUUCGAAACAGUCAUUAUUGAUGAAGCUGCUCAGUGUAUUGAACUCAGCGCUCUGAUACCUCUUAAAUACGGUGCCACGAAAUGUAUCUUAGUCGGAGAUCCUGAACAAUUACCUCCAACAGUUCUCUCACGAUUAGCAAAGAGUUAUGGCUAUGAACAGAGUCUCUUCGUCCGCAUGCAGCGAAAUCAUCCAAAUGAUGUCCACUUACUUGAUACUCAAUAUCGUAUGCAUCCUGAGAUCAGUCGAUUCCCAAGUCAACAAUUUUACAACAGUCGUCUUAUUGAUGGUGAUGGAAUGGCACAAUUACGGGUUCAGCCAUGGCACGCAAGUUCGAUUCUCGGGCCUUAUCGAUUCUUUGAUGUUGUGGGUGUUCAAAGCAAAGAGGCUAGAGGCCAUUCCCUCAUAAACGUUCCUGAGUUAAAUGCUGCUAUUCAGCUUUAUCAACGACUUAAGACAGAUUACAGAUCCUAUGAUUUCAAAGGUAAAAUCGGUAUCAUAACUACCUAUAAAGCUCAAUUGAAUGAGCUAAAACGACGUUUUGGUGCAAAAUUUGGAGACGAAAUCUUUGAAGAGAUUGAGUUCAAUACGACCGAUGCUUUUCAAGGUCGAGAGCGAGAGAUCAUUAUAUUUUCUUGUGUUCGUGCUAAGGCUGCCGGGGGUAUUGGAUUUUUGAACGAUAUCAGACGUAUGAAUGUAGGUCUUACUAGAGCCAAAUCGUCAUUGUGGGUUCUAGGAGACUCUAGAGCAUUGGAACAAGGUGAAUUCUGGAAUAGGCUUAUUCAGGAUGCCAAAAGCCGUGAGAGAUACACAAGUGGUGAUAUUAUGGGAUUGUUAUCGAGGCCGACAUCAAAGGAUGCACCAGCGAUAGACUAUUCGAAGAUAUCCUCAGACAUGAAUGGCAAUAGCUCUAGGCGUCCAUCUGAGAAGAGCGACAGCGAUAUCGACAUGACGGAUGCGCUGCAAAACCGAAGUUCUCGAGAAUCGAUAUCAGGUAGUAGUAGCACGACAUCGUUCGAUGGUAGGAAUACACCAAACAGUGUUGAGAUGGGUGAGCAGAGGAAGAGACCUAGGGAGCAAGAACUUCACUCAGAUAACAUUACAACCAAAAAGAAGAAGAAGACAUCAUCGUCAGAAGCAGAUUCUGCACCACCAGCUUCUGCCAUGCUCAAUCGAGGACCAGUCGAACCUCAAAAAUUAGAUCUGGAAGCUGCACUUCGAGCACAGCAGGCCAAUAGAGCUGCUGCUGCCGCGGCGCGUACACCGAAAUCUAAUUUACCGCCUCCACCGCGUAGAAAGGCACCGGCGGACCCGUUUAUUCAACGUAAACCACCAAAAAGAAAGUGA